AUUCAUGGCAUUCGUCCCUCAACAUCAUCCAAACACCCCAAACAUCCUCAAAACAGUAGUGGUGGUAUUGAAGGCAGUCAUAGUAUUUUAAUCUUUGGUCAGAAGAGGCUGAGAUUUAUGACGCUAAUUCCUCCAGGUGAUGCUGGCUCAUCGUUAAGGAUUGAGUGUGGCCCAGCGCCGCUAUGCCUUGAUGACUGGAUACUAGAUGUGUGUUGGUUGGAGUGCAGUGGAUCUUCUGGAAGUGGGUCUAGCUCCGUGGCUACAGUGACAGCACACAACACAGUUCACAUCAUUCAGUCCAGUAGCCGCAGUGGAGAAACACGCAUCAUUGCUAACUACUACUGCGAAUUGAACUGCAUACUCUACAGUGCUAGGCUGGAGGCAUCCAGUGGGUCUGAUCUGACCGUGUUGUCUGGAACUGUCUUCAAUGACAUCCUCCUGUGGCGUGUGGUGACUGACAGGAGAGAAGAUGUUGUUACGGCCUCCUCAGCAGGUGCUCAUGGCUCUGAAACUGAGAGGCAGAGGAUCUGUCUGACUCUCAGUGGACAUGAGGGUGUGAUAUUCUCUGUCGGGAUUGGUGAGUGUGGAUCACGCCUAGUCUCUGUGUCUGACGACAGAACUGUUCGCGUCUGGGACCUGCCUACGGACUGGAAGUCAAUGGAAAGGGGUGAGAUGAAGUCAUGUUCGCUGGUGUUGCACGGACACACUGCUCGAGUGUGGGGCGGUCGAUGUCUCCGCGAUGGCGGUGUCAUCAGUAUCGGAGAAGACGCCACGUGCAGAGUGUGGGACGGACAGGGCCGGUGUGUGAAGGUAGUGGAGGGACACAGAGGUAGGAGCAUCUGGAGCAUGGCCGUGGACGAACACUCUGGCGUUGUAGUACGUGCUGCAACAGGUGGCGGGGAUUGCAGCAUAAGACUCUUUGGACUCGAGACACACAGCAAUGACUGUUCUUGGUCAGUUGAUACCACACUGCCAGCAAGUGAGCCUGCAGUAGAAGAGACCCCGAGAUUAGUAGAGCUCCGUGGCAGGACUGUACUCUGCCUCUCUAGCACCGGGUCGCUGUAUGCUGCCGAUUAUCCAUUCAGAGCGACAUCCCCUGGCACAGUGUGGAGGCUAAUCCACGGAGACAGUCGGUUCUCUGGCUACGCUGCCAUGGCUCUCUCCCCUGACUCCCAGUGGGUGGCUCUGGGAAGUCUCCAGGGAUGUGUUGCCCUACUCCACCUGGGAAAGCAACCAGAGACAUUGGGUGUCGAGCAUCUCCUCCAGUGGAGUGCUCACCAGGGGAAGGUGUUCUCUCUCACUUGGCUCGACUCAUUUAAAGGUUAUUCCAACACUCUGCUGUCAUGUGGACCCAGUGGGGAGAUGGUUGUCUGGGGAGUACCUGAAGCCAGUGAUCUAGCAUCAGAAGUUGCCAUUCCUCUGACUCACCUGAGACUGCCACUCUCUAAACAUCGCUGGGUGACAGCUGCCACGAUCAUAUCCUCACCAGAGUCCCUGAGCCCUCAAACUAGCUCUGUGGUUGGAGCCACUGCAGUCGCUGCGCGGUGUCCACGGGGUCAACGGAGUGACACACAUCUCUCUGUGGAGAGGAUUCGUCACCAGUUGUGGCAGAGAUGGCCACUCCAGGACCUUCUCCCUUCAUCCACACACGGCAGCUUGACAGAACUCUCCAGCUACAGGCUUGUGAAAGGGAUGGAUUGGGUGGAGCGGCAGUUCAACUCUGAGUGUCACCACCUCGUUCUUGGCUUUCAUUCCACAGAUAUGGUGCUGUACAGUGUUAUGGAGAACAGGCAGCUGAUGAGUGUUAGCUGUGGAGGAGGCCACAGGUCCUACGGCUGGACUCCCCUGUCUCAGCUGCUGCAAACCAAGCAAGCUGUGGUGGUCUUCAUCAAGAAGUUGGUUGUGUCGAUUAGAGUGGUGGACCUGACAUUGCAGCUCACAGCUCCUGUUCUACAGGCAAGUAAAGGUUUUGUUGGAAGAGAGGCUGUAUCACUACAGAUGGUCCACUCUGACCCAGUCACUGGUUGUGGACUGGUGGCAGUAGGAAGCGAGGACUGCAGUGUGUGUCUGCUGAGCCUCCAGCCAUCCUCUGACGGCGACUCGCUGGAUGUGAGCGAGAGGAGGUUCUUACAGGGCCACAUCUCCACAGUCAGAGCACUGAGCACCUCGCCAAGUGGCCGGAGGUCUCACACACUGCUGUUCUCUGGAGGAGCCAGGGCCAGCCUCAAGGUCUGGAAGAUUAGAGUUGGUGAGGUGAGCGGAGGAGAUGAACUUGAAGUUCAUCUGGAGGCUGAACUAUCAAUCCACGAUGACAUGGACAGUCAUCAGAAGAGGAAGGGCAAGAGGAGAAGGAGAGGGAGGGGCCCUGGGGCAGAGAGCCUGGUCCCAGAAUCCAGGAUCAUGGCCCUCACCUCUCUCCCUCUGUCUCCAGUGGUGGAUGGGGCUCCUGGACGGCACUAUGUGGCUGCAGGAUGCUCCGAUGGUAUUAUCAGACACUACAUCUACACCGAGGAGACACGGAGCUUCAGUUCCCUGGGAGAUCUGGAGUACCACAAUCGGUGCAUACUGACUGUGAGCCAUCUGGUCCUACCCACCCAUCGGCUGACAGCUACUGAGUCGACUCUAUGUCUGCUCUCGGCUGCCACUGAUGGUAGAGUGGCAGUGUGGACUCCACUGGUGCCAGAAGACUCUAGUUCUGGACCUACAUCGAGUGCUAGUCAUUCAGGAUCAGAAGAAACUGCGGAAAAAUGCAUCCACCCUCUGACUGUAUGCCAGGCUCAUCAAUCUGGUGUCAAUGACUUGUCAAUCAGAAAAGUGAGUGAUGGGUUCUACCUCGUUGCCACUGUGGGAGAUGAUAAUGCACUGGCAGUACUGGGUCUCUCAGUUUCUGGUGAUAGUCUCCACUCUGUAAGGCUGGAGGUUCUUGCUAUUGAGAGCACUGCCCAUGCCUCCAGCAUCACUGGUGUUUCGUUUCUAGGCAAUGGACUAGUGGUGACAUCGUCCAUAGACCAGAGACUGUGUGUGUGGGGAGUUGGAUUGUCCAGCUCAGCUGGCUUCACAGAGAAGGAGAUUUUAAGCCGUCAGGUCGUCAGAGGGAAGGAGUGUGACAGUCAUAAUCUGCAGAGUGCCACAUUGUCACUGGUUCACAGCCAAACUCAUGACAUUGCUGAUACUUCUUCUCUCACCCUCUAUCAAUGGCGGGAGGGAGGACACAUCGUAGUUGUAUGUGGAAUUGGACUGCAGUCCUUUGUGAUAAGAGCACAACCAUCGUAGAGAAAAAGUAGUG